AUGUGUUGGGUGUGUGUAGUUGGAAGGAUUUCUAGUCCUUUUGAUUCUCAACCAGAGGUAUGGCCUAAUCGAGAGGGAGCCAUGAAGGUGAUUGAGAGGUAUCAAAAUUCAUAUAUGCGAGAUGAAAAGAGGAAUGUGAACCAAGAGAGAUUCACCAUGCAGAUGGUUACCAAAGCUAGGGACCAGCUAAAAAAGAUGAAACACGAUAAUCGUGAGGACGAGCUUAAUCUUCUUAUGUUCGUUUGCAUGCAAAACAAUAGUUUAUCUAUCGAUCUGAAUGCCGAAGAAUUGAAAGAUUUUGAUAAGUUUGUUGAGAAUAAGUUGAAGGAGGUUGGUUGUAAGAUUGAGACACUUGAUUGA